AUGCCCACAGCACUCAGUCCCUGCGCUGUCACCACUGUCACCAACAAGAGGAAACCACAGUCCCCUGUGCCGGGGCAGCUGCGGUUUGCGGCUCCCAGGGAACCCCGCGGUCCCCCCCGCCUGCUCCCGGCCGUGCUGCUGAUGGCAGGGCCUGCGGCACAGCACACGCCGGUGCCACCAGGUCCAGGCUCACCAGCUGUUGGGGUGCCCGUGGGCCACGUGGGCGGGCUGUUGGAACAGGCCAGGCGGGCGGCAGAGCUGUGCCAUCCCGGUGUGACCCGCAAGGCCCUCAACAGCCACCUGCGUGGCACCGGGCUCUGGUUCCCUGUCGAUCCCGGGGCAGAUGCCUCUCUGUGUGGCAUGGCAGCCACGGGCGCUUCGGGCACCAACGCCGUGCGCUACGGCACCAUGCGCCCCAACGUGCUCAACCUGCGCGUGGUGCUGCCGGACGGGCGCCUGCUCCACACCGCCGGCCCCGGGCGCCAGGCCAGGAAGCGGGCGGCCGGCUACGACCUGACCUCGCUCUUCGUGGGCUCUGAGGGCACCCUGGGCUUCCUGACUCAGGCCACGCUGCGCCUGCACCCGCUGCCCGAGGCCACUGCUGCCACCAUCGCCUCCUUCCCUGGCGUGGGGGCGGCCGUGGCGUGCACGGUGCAGGUGCUGCAGGCGGCCGUGCCCGUGGCCCGCAUCGAGUUCCUGGAUGAGGUGAUGGCAGAGGCCUGUGGCCGCUACAGCGGGAUGGGGCUGCCGGUGGCAGCCACGCUCCUCCUGGAGCUCCACGGCUCCCGUAACAGCCUGGCUGAGCAGCAGCGGCAGACGGAGGAGAUCGUGCGACUGAACGGUGGCUCCGGCCUGGCGUGGGCGGAGGAGCCGGAGGAGCGCGGGCGGCUCUGGGCCAUGCGCCACAACGCCUGGUACGCGGCCCUGGCCCUGCGGCCCGGCUGCCAGGGCUACUCCACGGAUGUCUGUGUGCCCAUCUCCCGCCUGCCCGAUGUGGUGGUGGAGACCAAGCAGGACCUGCAGGACUCUGGCCUCACUGGACCCAUGGUGGGACACGUAGGCGAUGGCAACUUCCACUGCAUCCUCGUCUUCAACACCCAGGACCCAGAGGAGGCCCAGCGCAUCCACGCCUUCACCCAGCGCCUGGGCAGGCGGGCGCUGGCGGCAGGGGGCACCUGCACUGGGGAGCACGGCGUGGGGCUGGGCAAGCGGGCACUGCUGCUGGAGGAGCUGGGCCAGGAGGGGCUGGACACCCUGCGCUCCAUCAAGGCUGCACUGGACCCCCACAACCUCAUGAACCCUGGCAAGGUGCUCUGAGGGGGGGUGCUGGCAUUGAGCUGGCAGUGGGAGGCUGCAAUCCCUGGAGACAGGGCUGGGGUGGCCAUGCUGCCCUGCACUGCCACCCUUUGUGUCCCCACAAAUCCC